CAACACAUCUCGAGAAGUCUUCUCGAGCAUCUACGACGGUGAACAGCACAGUUUCUACAAUGACCGGGCGUCUGUCGAGGGUUGCUGUCCGAUGCCUUAGAUCACAGGCCCCUGUUCGUGCUCGCCCCUUUGCUGUCCGCUCUUCCGCAGCUGCCGAACACAGAUGCUUCGCGACUGCAUCACCGCAAUCAUCCGAAAGCUCUUCAGAUUCGGCUUCCUUGGUCCCGCCCUUGGAUUCGCGGCAGGACUUGAAGAAGUUCAUCGUCAAAGCUGCCCAUGCCGGACAGUACGCUAAGGUCUUUACAAUGGCAAAGGAGAUGGCUGCGGCUGGCGAGAAAGCCGACACGCAGGUCUACAAUUCUAUCCUGUGUGCAAUGUCGGCAGGUUCCGAUGGUCGCUUCUCCGAAGAAGCAGUUGCCCUCAUGCAAGAGAUGGAGCAGAGUGGCUGUCCCCUAGACCGAGAGACUUGGAAUUGGCUGUUGGAGAUAACCGCCGAUGCUGGAGAUAGUGUUGGACAAGAAAAGGUGCUUGAAGCUAUGUCAAGUAUGAGAGAGCGAUUGAGCUGUAUGAUUCUUUGAAAGCCCGCAGAGGAUCCAUUACACCUGCAAUCAUCCACUUGCUUCUCCAUGAACGCAAGAACCUGGUGUUCGAUACCCGCAGCACCUUGUUCGAAGGGCAUUGUCGUUAUUUGCAGACACCUGUGAUAUUGAAGGAUUGUUGGUGGUGUGGCCGG